AUGACUCUACAUUAUUGUAUUCUUUCCCCACCAGAAAGUGAAAUAAAGAAAACCACUUUACCCUUUCAUAACUACAGCGACAUGAAUGAAAAUCUCAGUAUAAAGGAGGAAAGAGUUUUAGGAUACACUUCAAAAAAUAUAUCUUUGGAAGAUGAAAGAAGUCAGUUGCAUUCCAGGAAAAAACGUUUUUUAUCAUAUCCAAGAUACGUGGAAGUUAUGGUUACAGCUGACUCUAAAAUGGUUCAUCAUCAUGGACAGAACUUGCAGCACUACGUACUAACUCUGAUGUCAAUUGUUGCAGCAAUCUACAAGGACUCAAGUAUUGGAAAUCUUAUAAACAUAGUAAUUGUAAAAUUAGUUAUAAUUCAUGAUGAGCAGGAAGGACCAGUCAUCAGUUUUAACGCAGCUACCACAUUACGCAACUUCUGUUUAUGGCAACAAACUCAGAAUGUUCUUGACGAUGCCCACCCAUCCCACCAUGAUACUGCUGUUCUUAUCACAAGGGAAGACAUUUGUGGAGCUAGAGAGAAAUGUGACACGUUAGGUUUAGCAGAAUUAGGUACCCUGUGUGACCCUUUACGGAGCUGCUCUAUUAGUGAAGAAAAUGGACUCAGUGCUGCCUUCACCAUAGCCCAUGAGCUUGGUCAUGUAUUUAAUGUUCCACACGAUGAUAGUUUUAAAUGUAAGGAAACUGGAAUUAAACAUCAGUAUCAUGUCAUGGCUCCAACUUUAAAUUACCACACAAGUCCCUGGACCUGGUCAAAAUGUAGUCAGAAAUAUAUCACUGAAUUCCUAGAUACUGGUCAUGGGGAAUGCCUUCUUGACAAACCAAGUGGAAGAAUAUACGAUCUAUCUUCACAGCUUCCUGGAUUAAUGUAUGAUGUAAACAAGCAAUGUGAACUUAUGUUUGGUCCUGGAUCACAAGUGUGUCCCUAUUUAAAACAAUGCAGGCGCCUCUGGUGUACCAGUGCAGAAGGAGUCCAUAGGGGCUGUCGCACUCAGCACAUGCCGCUGGCAGAUGGAACGAACUGUGGUCCUGGGAUGCAUUGCCACCAUGGGCUAUGUGUAAAUAAAGAGAUGGAAACACGUCCUGUAGAUGGCGAUUGGGGACCAUGGGGACCUUACAGUUCUUGUUCAAGAACAUGUGGAGGUGGAAUCAAAAGCACAAGCAGGCUCUGUAAUCGCCCCGAGCCAAGAAACGGAGGCAAGUACUGUGUGGGCCGCAGGAUGAAAUUUCGAUCAUGUAACACUGAUUCAUGUCCAAAAGGCAAGCAAGACUUCCGUGAGAAGCAGUGCUCUGAUUUUGAUGGUAAACAUUUCAACAUCAAUGGUCUCUCCCCUAACGUGAGGUGGCUUCCAAAGUACAGUGGGAUUGCCGUAAAAGAUCGUUGUAAACUCUAUUGUCGGGUGGCUGGAACCACUAACUUCUACCAACUGAAGGACAGGGUUGCCGAUGGUACUCCUUGUGGGACUGAAACAAAUGACAUCUGUGUUCAAGGCCUGUGUCGGCAAGCUGGCUGUGACCAUGUGUUAAACUCCAAGGCCAGGAGAGACAAAUGUGGCGUGUGUGGUGGGGAUAACUCCUCCUGCAGAACAACGGCAGGUGUCUUCAACAGUGCACAUUAUGGUUAUAAUGUCGUUGUAAAGAUUCCCCCAGGAGCAACAAACAUUGAUAUUCUUCAGCACAGCUAUUCUGGAAAACCAGAAGAUGACAAUUACCUGGCAUUAUCGGACACUCAAGGGAAUUUUCUUUUGAAUGGGAAUUUUGUUGUAAGUAUGUCCAAAAGGGAAAUCAACGUACAAGGAGCUAUUUUUGAAUACAGUGGUUCAAACAACUCAAUUGAAAGGAUUAAUAGUACUGAUCGACUGGAAGAAGAACUUGUUUUGCAGGUUUUGUGUGUGGGUAAUCUAUACAACCCUGAUGUACGUUAUUCCUUCAAUAUCCCCGUGGAAGAGAAGAGUGAUCUGUUCGCAUGGGACCCAUAUGGACCGUGGCAAGACUGUACAAAAAUGUGUCAAGGUCUUCAUAGAAGAAAAAUUACUUGUAUACGUAAGAGUGAUCAUAUGGUCAUGUCUGAUCAAAGCUGUGACCACUUACCACUUCCAUUGUUGGUGACUGAAAGGUGCAAUACAGACUGUGAACUAAGGUGGCACAUCAUUGGCAAAAGUGAAUGUUCAACCCUUUGCGGUCAAGGAUACAAGUCAUUGGACGUCCACUGUAUGAAGUAUUCCAUUCAUAAAGGACAGACUGUUCCCGUAGAUGACCACUACUGCGGUGACCAACUUAAACCUCCAACCCGAGAACCCUGCCAUGGUGAUUGUGUCUUAACAAGGUGGCAUUAUUUAGAAUGGUCUCAGUGUUCCAGAAGUUGUGGAGGAGGGGAGAGGUCUCGAGAAUCUUACUGUAUAAAUAACUUUGGCCACCGUCUUGCUGACAGAGAAUGCCAGGAACUACCCCGAGUGACAAUAGAGAAUUGCAAUGAAUUUUCCUGUCCCAGUUGGGCCACUAGUGAGUGGAGUGAGGUAACAUUAAACACUUGAGGCUUAGAACUGUUAUAACAUUGUACAGGAGAUCUUUGUAAUGGAAGGCUAUGUAAUUCAAAAAAUAUUUCAAUUUGCUUUAUCAUUUGCAAUGGUGUUUGGUAUCUGCUUAUAUUCUUCCAGUGCACAGCCACGUGUGGACAGGGGUACCAGAUGCGUGCUGUGAAAUGUGUCAACGAGCUACAUAGUGCAAUGCUAGAUGACAGACUGUGCCAUGGAGCUAGUCGCCCAAGUGACAGGCAGGAUUGUAUUGUUACAUCUUGCCCAGUUAUCCCUAAAAUUGGGGCCACUUCCUUGCCAGCUGUUCCCAUGAGAAAGAUAGCACAAUGGCGAUACGGUUCUUGGACCCCAUGCUCCGUGUCUUGUGGAAGAGGAACUCAAGCCCGCUAUGUAAGUUGUCGUGAUGCUCAUGAUGGAAUAGCGGAUGAAUCAUUUUGUGCCCACUUACCCCGACCAGCUGAAAUAGCUGUCUGUUUUAGCCCUUGUGGAGAGUGGCAAACAGGGAAUUGGUCACCUUGUUCAGCUUCCUGUGGCCGUGGAAAAAUGACUCGACAAGUUUUAUGCAUCAACUAUCAUCAGCCAGUUAAUGAGAAUCACUGUGACCCUGAAGUCCGCCCUGUGAUAGAACAAGAAUGUAAUCUGGCAGCCUGCCCUCCCACGUACAGCCACUUUCCGAGUUCCUCUGAGCAGCCAAGCCAUUUUCCAGGCCGGAAUUUUCCAUUAACUCACAAACCAGAAGAUAAUCAAAAUCAGGGGGUCCAUCCAUCAAUCAGAGGAAACCAGUGGAGAACCGGACCAUGGGGAUCAUGCUCUAGCAGUUGUGCUGGAGGUGUUCAGCGCAGAGUUGUGGUCUGCCAGGACGAAAAUGGACAAAGUGCCAGUUACUGCGAUGCAGCAUCCAAACCCCCAGAGUCAAAGCACUGUGAUUCAGGACCUUGUCCACAGUGGAACUAUGGAAGCUGGGGAGAAUGUACACAAACAUGUGGAGGAGGAAUAAAAUCAAGAUUUGUAAUAUGUCAGUUUCCCAAUGGCCAGCUGUCACAAGAGCAAAACUGUGAAAUGUUGAACAAGCCACCUAGUGUGGUACAGUGUCAUGUACAUGCUUGCCCUGAUGAUGUAUCAUGGCAUCGGGGACCAUGGAAAUCGUGCUCAGCUUCCUGUGGUAAAGGUUUAAAAUACCGUGAGGUGCUUUGCAUUGACCAAUUCCAUGGGAAAUUAGAAGAAAAAUAUUGCAGUCAUCUACGGAAACCUCGAACACAUAAAGCUUGUAGAUCUGUCGGAUGCCCUUCAUGGAAAGCCAACAGAUGGAAGGAGUGCUCUGUGACCUGCGGCUCCGGAGUUCAGCAAAGAGAUGUGUAUUGCAGACAGAGAGGAGUUGGUCGCGUGGCGGAAGAAAAGUGUGAUCCGUCCACGCGGCCUUAUUUUCAGAGAGAGUGUUGGCGUCGGGACUGCAUACAGUACCGCUGGGUGGCAGGAGAGUGGUUAGAUUGCUCAAUAUCGUGUAAGAAGAGAGAGACAUAUCGGCAAGUCAAGUGCAUGGAUGCACAAAACAAUCAAGUGAGUGAGAGUUUCUGUGACCUCGCAGCCAGACCUCUCGCGAUGAGAAAGUGCAGAAACUCUCCCUGCAAGUAUAUCGUGGUAACAGGAGACUCGUCCCAGUGUGCAGGUAACUGUGGAUUUAGUUAUCGACAAAGGAUUACGUAUUGCAUUGGGGUCCAAUCUACCGAGAAACACAAGCUUCAUGAGCUGUGGCCCAUAGACUAUCGACUGUGUCCUGUGCUGCCUUCCCCUCAGGUUUACAAAUGCAAUUUUAGGACCUGUUUGCAUAUGGCCACUUGGAAAGUUGGAAAAUGGAGCAAGUGCUCUGUGACUUGUGGAGUUGGGAUGAUGGAGAGAAGAGUGGAAUGCAUGGCCAAUAAUGGUCUGUCCAGUGAUUUAUGUUUAAAGCAUUUAAAACCAGAUGCUCAAAAGAAAUGUUAUGUCAGUGACUGUAAAACAUUUACCAGCUGUAAAGAAAUACAAGUGAAAAACAACAUUACCAAGGAUGGUGACUAUUACCUUAACAUUAAAGGAAGAAUAACAAAGAUCUAUUGUGCUGGCAUGCACUUGCAGAACCCUAAGGAAUAUAUAUCAUUGGUCAAAGGUGAAGAAGACAACUUUUCUGAAGUGUAUGGUUUUAGACUACGAAAUCCAUAUGAAUGUCCUUUUAAUGGAAGCAGGAGGCAAGACUGUGAAUGUAAAAAUGACUAUCUGGCUGCUGGCCACACUGUUUUUAGCAAAAUAAGAAUUGAUCUUACUUCCAUGCAAAUUAAAACUACAGACCUUCUUUUUGCCCAGACAAUAUUUGGAAAUGCAGUUCCAUUUGCCACAGCUGGAGAUUGCUAUAGUGCUGCCAGAUGCCCACAGGGACAGUUCAGCAUUAAUUUGGCAGGAACUGGGAUGAAGAUAUCCAGUACAGCAAAGUGGCUGGCUCAGGGCAGUUAUGCCUCUGUGAUCAUUCACAGAUCACAGGAUGGAACCAAAGUCUAUGGCAGAUGUGGAGGGUUCUGUGGAAAGUGUAUUCCUCACAUGACUACUGGUCUCCCAAUUCAAGUAGUGUGAACAUUCAGAAGGAAAGUGUGUCCCAAAGAGGAGACAUUCUCUGGAACCUGCAAAUAGCUGGUGCUUUUUACUUUAUUCCUUCCUGAGAUUUAUGUCUAAAAUAUUUGUGCCUUUUUUCUAGGAUGCUCAUGAGGAACCAGUCACUGCUUAAUUUUGAAAUAAACUGAAUGAUACAUGGUUCUAGUCAGGAUCCUUAAAAGGAUGAAAUAAUUUAUGGUUGGGCAUACAGGGAUGUUUGAAUUGUGCUAAGAUAAUACUGCUGGUAACAGAUUACACUGGACCAGAAUUAUGUUAUGCCUGUAAGCACACAUGUAAAUCUCUGCUCACAUCCUACUGUACAAUGAAAUGUUUAUUCUACUUGUUAAAAUGGAGCAAGUAAAAAUUAGGAAAAUGAACUUAAAUCAUAAACAUUAUUGAAUCUGUCAGGAGAAUAGCAAAUCAAUAGUCACAUCAAAAAAGUACAUAGCCAUUAUACUUUCUACUGAUACAGCUUAGAUACCUUGUUUUAUGUUUCCUUUAAUUUUUAAUUGUGCAUUAUGGUGCUUCAAAAAGUCAUCCUAAAAUAUGGUAUAGUUUUGUAAUUAAAGUAUGUAGUUGGGUUAAAUACUAAACAUGAAGUUUUGUGGGUAUAAUACAGAAUAAGAUAUGAUAUAGUAGAAUUUCACUUAAAAAUACCUACCUCUAAUUUGACUGUACUUAUAAGAGCAAUACAUUGUUUUUAAAAUGUUUAUAUUAUAUCAUGUCUUUAUAACUUAUAUGCCUAUGUCUACUCUUAAAAAAAUUAUUUUUUCAAAGUUUUGUACUGUAUUUUAUUAAUCAAGUAGAAAAUUAAGAAUUAUUGACAUUUGGAAGAACCUGUUUUGGUAAACAUAAAAUGAUGUUUACAUAUGCAAAAUUUCUAUUAGAGAGUUCAAGUUAUUUUAUAUCUGAGGUCUCUCAAAUCCAGAACAUGAAAGAUAGUAUAAAAAUUAACUAUUCAUGAGUAAAUGCUCAGGUAUUAAGAGAUUUUUUUAGGUGAAUAAUUUAAUUGUGUAUUAUACAACCAUUUGAUUUUAAAAGAAUCAUAGAUAAUAUUUUUCUAUGACAACCUACUUUAUAAACCAAGAAAACUGAAUCUAAUAAUAGAUUUUUUGCCAGUAAAUAGUAGUGUAGUAGUUUUACCCACAAAGUUUUUCUUUUUCAAACUAUUAGGGGUGUAAUGUACCAUAUAAGGUACCAAUUUUGUACCAAUGUGGUUAAAUAAACAUUUAGGGAUCUCUGUAUCAGAAAAGAAGUAUUUUGCACUAUGUGCCUGAAACCAGUUACAAACAUUAUUAUGAAAUGUAUAACAUGUUCUAGAAAUGUUUUUAUUCAUAAGUAAA